CGCGGACGCUUCUCUGCGGCGAGAGCAUCUUCCAUCAUGGCGGCGAGCUGCAGGUUUGUGAUGCUGGCGGCGCUGAUAAUGCUGCUGUUCCUGCAGCCCGGAGCCCCGCAGAAGAAGAAAGAGAACAUGCUGGUGGAGAAGGUAGAGCAAAUGAUGGAGUGGAGUUCCCGCCGCUCCGUGAUCCGGAUGAACGGAGAUAAAUUCCGGCGUUUUGUGAAAGCACCGCCCCGGAAUUACUCUGUCAUCGUCAUGUUCACCGCGCUACAGCCGCAGAGACAGUGCUCUGUCUGCAGGCAGGCGAAUGAGGAGUAUCAGGUUCUGGCUAAUUCUUGGCGCUACUCAUCUGCUUUCUCCAACAAACUCUUCUUUACUGUCGUCGACUACGAUGAGGGGGCCGAUGUCUUUCAGCAGUUGAAUAUGAACUCCGCCCCCACCUUCAUGCAUUUCCCUGCUAAAGGGAAGCCUAAGAGGGCCGACACGUUCGACCUGCAGCGGAUCGGCUUCGCCUCGGAACAGCUGGCCAAGUGGAUCGCUGACCGAACUGAUGUCCAGAUCCGGGUGUUCCGGCCCCCCAACUACUCCGGGACCAUCGCCCUGGCCCUGCUGGUGUCCCUGGUAGGAGGUCUUCUCUACUUGCGCAGAAACAACCUGGAGUUCAUCUACAACAAAACAGGCUGGGCCAUGGCUGCUCUGUGCGUGGUGUUUGCGAUGACCUCGGGUCAGAUGUGGAACCACAUUCGUGGUCCCCCCUACGCUCACAAAAACCCUCAAAACGGACAAGUGAGUUAUAUCCACGGCAGCAGUCAGGCUCAGUUCGUGGCAGAAUCCCACAUCAUCCUCCUGCUCAAUGCUGCCAUCACCAUGGGGAUGGUGCUGCUGAACGAGGCUGCCACCUCCAAAGGAGACGUGGGAAAGAGAAGAAUUAUCUGUCUGGUGGGCCUGGGCCUGGUGGUCUUCUUCUUUAGCUUCCUUUUGUCCAUCUUCAGGUCCAAGUAUCACGGCUACCCCUACAGCUUCCUCAUCAAAUAGAAGAAUCCAAACCAAGAUGAUCAUGGGAGAUUCAUUUUGGGAGUUUAAAUUUAACUUAAGUAAAACAAACAGAUGCGCCCAAACACACACACACACGUUCAUUAAAGCCUGUAUCUGACUGAUAAGAAAUAAACACCACUAAACACA